GAUGUGAACUUGACGAACCGCUCACACAAGUCAUUGUGUCUGCUCUGGAAGAUAACUGCGAGCACAUCUACGGUGAUUUCAUACUUUUGUCAAAAGAUACUCCAAAUUAUGAUCUACUACUGAGGAAGUUUGGCACUGCAACUGGAAUUGUUGGUCAAGUGAUUGUGAUGGACACCGACUUCGUUGAUCUCGGCUUUCUUGGCAGUGUUCGUAGCAUUUCGUACUACUACCUUGACGACGAGGUUCUGAGUGAAAAAUUUGUUCGAGUUGCUAAUAACGACAAGCUGGAGCGCUUGAAGUGGAGCAUGAUCUCGGAUGUUUCUAUCGUCACAGUGCAGAUUUCCGGCAAUCAUAAACUGUGUUUCACCGCAAAUGAGAUGAGCGGACUGUUUUCUGCACUUCGAGUAGCCAAAGUGGAAGGAAGAGUGUUCAAUCACUACUAUAAUAGAACUCAACAACGAAAAGUUUCGAACCCCGAGAUCAGUUUGCUUCUCGUGUACGGAGAGCUCAUGGCUCACGAAACAAUCUUCGAGCGUACUGCAA